AUGCUAUCCUUUAUAUCCUCUACAUCUCGCCGGUGCUGGGCUGUUCUGACACAACGAUUGCACGGUCGGUCCUUUGCCCUGGCAGCCGGGGUGCGGUUGGACGGAGACGAGCUGCGGCGCCUGGUGGAUGAGGCGCGACGGCCGCGCAAGCGAGGAGUCCGCCCCGGACAAGCCAAGACUCUCCGGCAAAAUGUGCAAUUGUUGGUUUACAUUGCGCGAUUAGGUGCUUCGCGUAGGUCCAACGGUUACGAGCUGGACACUGAUUUUCUUUUUGGUCUUAUUUUGCAGCAAGAAGGCAGGUGUGCAUACUCUGGUGUGCAUUUGGAGCUGCUACUCUGUGGUUCUGACUGGCAAAUGUCUUUGGAACGGAAGGACAACCAGUUGGGCUACUUGCCUCACAAUGUGGCACUGAUCUCGCAGGAGUUUAACUCAAUGGUACGGAUCAGCAAAAACGCAGUACUCCAGGGAUCUAGCCAGUGGUCAAAGCAGAAGGUGGAGCAGUUGAGACCCGUGCGAGGUAUGAAUGUUGACCUGGAAAACCUACGCUGGCAGAUUGAACUUGCCACAUGGUCUGAAAAUGUUUGCGGAAACAGGGAGGAAUUCCUCAUAGAAAAUCUGGUUGGCCCAGAGCUGAGAACCUUGAAGUGCUCACUUUGGGAUUUGGCGGCCUUUGUGCCAUUUUCCCCUCGCUGGAUAAACACGCGAAAUUUCUCUUGCCUUUGCGAGAAAUGUCGAGGUGAAUGCGCAUGGACGAAGAAGAUGAAGACCCUGCGUGGGUUUAUCCUGAAAAUGGUUCACAACGCACAUGACAGACACAGAAAGGGCAGGUGGCACGGAGACUUUGAGCUCGAGUUGGAUGAUGUCCUGGGCAUGCUGUGGGCUCAACGAGGCCGGUGCUUUUACUCCGGUGUCCCACUUCGAUAUGGACAGUCCAAUGUUGAUUGGCUUAUGUCGCUUGAGCGUUUAGACAACGCAGAGACAUACACACGGAAGAAUACCUGCCUGGUGGCCUUGGAGUUCAACACUGCCAACCAGUGGUCUAGCGAAAAGAAGCACCAACGUUUCACUUCAAAGAUUUCAAAGCUGGAGCAAAGCUGUCGUGGAUGUUUCCACGGUCCUCCAGGUCAGUGCCAAUGCGCGCAACGCGUCAAGAUGUCCUGCCAGCCGACUAUUGACUAUAUGGUGCCCUGUGCAACGGUCAUGGUGAUGAUGGUGCUGCAGCUGGGUGGCAUGACGUCAGUGGGAUGGAGGCUUGCUGAAUCAAUCCAGAAAUCUCCAUCAAAGAUGCUGUACUUCGCAUCUCGCCGGUGCUGGGCUGUCCUCACAGCGGGACUGCCUAGUCGAUCCUUUGCCCUGGUUGCUGGGAGACCAAUCAAUGCAGAGGAGUUGCAACACCUGGUGGAUGAGGCGCGGCGGCGGCGGAGGCCAGGGCCUCGCCCGAGACAAGCGCCACCUUGCAGCAGACUGGGCGAUGAGGCCUUGGCCGCCUCCGAUGAGCUUGACUACCGCACAAUUCUUCGCUACAAGGUGCAGAAGUUAGUUUCCGAUGCUCGGCAUCGCUCCAAGCAAAGAGGCAUGCCUUUCGACUUGGAUUGGGAUUUCCUUUUUGAUUUCAUUUUAGAGCAACAGGGCAUGUGUGCAUACUCAGGAGUGCAUAUGGAGCUGGUGGGCCCUCGCGCUGACUGGCUAAUGUCUUUGGAAAGGCUGGACAACCAGCUGGGCUACUUGCCCCACAAUGUGGCACUGAUCUCGCAGGAGUUUAACUCAAUGGUACGGAUCAGCAAAAAUGCAGUACUCCAGGGAUCUAGCCAGUGGUCAAAGCAGAAGGUGGAGCAGUUGAGACCCGUGCGAGGUAUGAAUGUUGACCUGGAAAACCUACGCAGGCAGAUUGACCUUGCCGCAGGGUCAGAGAAUGUGUGCGGAAACAAGGGGAAAUUUUGCACAGAAGAUGCGCUUGGCGCAGAGCCGGGAACCUUGAAGUGCUCAAUUUGUGGGAUUUGGCAGCCUUUGUGCCAGUUUGCCUCCAACUGGAGAACCACCCGCAAUUUCUCUUGCCUCUGCAAAAAAUGCCGAGGUGAAUACACACGGACAAAGGACAUGAAGACUCUGCGCGGGGCCGUGUGGAAAAUGAUUGCAAAUGCACGUGGAAGACACAAUCUGGGCAGGUGGCAGGGAGACUUUGAGCUCGAGCUGGAUGAUGUCUUGGGCAUGCUGUGGGCUCAACAAGGUCGGUGCUUUUACUCCGGUGUCCCGCUUCGAUAUGGAGAGACCAAUGUUGACUGGCUCAUGUCGCUGGAGCGUUUGGACAACACCAAGACAUAUACAAAGGCAAAUACCUGCCUCGUGGCCUUGGAGUUCAACACUGUCAACCAGUGGUCUAUAGAAAAGGUGCAAUUGGUUUGGGGCAACAUGCUUGGUCCUCGCGAGGUGAAGCAGGGAGAUGCAGGGCGAGGCUUGGCGAUGACCAGCAAACCAACCAGUGCCCUGUGCAACGAGCGUCGCGGGGAUGGUACUGCAGCUGGGUGGCAUCGCCGCGGGAUGCGAUUGGACAAGGAUAAGCUGCAACGCCUGGUGGAUGAGGCGAGGGUGGAUUUGGAGCUGCUACUCCAUGGUUCUGACUGGCAAAUUUCUUUGGAACGGAAGGACAUUGAGCAAGGAUACUUGCGCCACAAUGUGGCACUGAUCGCGCAGGAGUUCAACUCAACGGUAGUGAUCAGCAAAAAAGCAGCACUCCAGGGGUCCAGCCAGUGGUCAAAGCAGAAAGUGGAGCAGUUAAGACUCGAGCGAGGUAUGAAUGUUGACUUGGAAAACCUACGCAGGCAGAUUGACCUUGCCACAUGGUCUGUGAAUGCUUGCGGAAACAGGGAGGAAUUUUGCAUAGAGGAUGUGGUUGGCGCAGAGCUGGGAACCUUGAAGUGCUCAGUGUGUGGGUGUCGAAAGCUUUUGUGCCACUUUGCCCCCAACUGGCGAAACACGCGACAUUUCUCUUGCCUCUGCGAAAAAUGCCGAGGUGAAUACACAUGGACGAAGAGAAUCAAGACUCUGCGUGGGUGCAUUCGGAAUAUGAUCAAAAAUGCACGUAGAAGACACGGAUUGGGCAAGUGGAAAGGAAACUUUGAGCUGGAGCCGGAUGAUGUCUUGGGGAUGCUGUGGGCUCAAGGAGGCAGGUGCUUUUACUCCGGUGUCCCACUUCGAUAUGGGCAGUCCAAUGUCGAUUGGCUUAUGUCGCUGGAGCGUUUGGACAAUGCCAAAACAUAUGAAAAGGCAAAUACUUGCCUCGUGGCCUUGGAGUUCAACACAAGUCCUCGCGCUGUGAAACUGGACGAGGAGAAGGAACUUCGUGGUCAUGAUGACCUUCCGCAGCAGCUGCCCGUCCACUUGCAGAACCCCAUUGCUGCCUUGCUAGUGGAAAAACAAGUCACAGCUUGCAGGCCAAUUCCUGGACGUAGUGCGCGAAGUGUGAUGGCGGCUGAGCGGAAAAGCGUGGUACCCGUAGAACGACAAAGGCAAGAGUUGAUCCUUGACAUUGGCAUUUUUGUGACCAACCAGGUGAUUUUCAGAUACCUCAACUGCACCAACGCAGCGACGUGUGCCAUCCCAGCAGUGGUGACAGCAGCUCGUGUCUUCUUUGUUGCUUGCAACACGCUGCUGCUGGUGGGUUUCUCCGACCAGUUGAAGACUGCAGCAUCAUUGCCACAGACCGAGGAUGUAAAGAAGGACAUCGCAGCGAUGGAGAAGAGGCGCCGAAAGGCGAUUUUGAAGUUCGUCGUCCUUUUCAUCAUUCACGCAGUGUUUGGUUUGGUGGCACCUUUGGUCACGAGUUGCUGUAUCAGUAUUGUGGCCUUGCCAUAUUGGUGGGACAAGGAAAAUUCCUACUGGCGGAAGUACGGCCGAGGCAGAAAAACCUAA